GUGGCCGCCAUCUUGCGCUCCGGCUGGGGGCCGAGCGCCGCGCAAAGCGCGGCGGGAUUCUCUGGCUUCGGGGGCAGCGGGCGCGGUGCGUCCCCGCUGCGAUGGACAUCAUGUCAAGCCCAGGGAAGGAUAACUUCAGAAUGAAAAGCUACAAAAAUAAUGCACUUAAUCCUCAAGAAAUGCGCAGACGAAGAGAAGAGGAAGGAAUCCAGCUUCGGAAACAGAAAAGGGAAGAACAACUCUUUAAACGCCGAAAUGUUUCUCUCCCGGGAAAUGAAGAAUCUAUGGUGGAAAGUCCAAUUCAGGAUCCUGACGUCAGCUCUACUGUACCUAUUCCAGAGGAAGAAGUUAUUACAGUUGAUAUGGUGCAGAUGAUUUUCUCAGAUGAUCCUGAUCAGCAACUCACAGCAACUCAGAAAUUCAGAAAAUUGUUAUCUAAAGAGCCUAAUCCACCCAUAGAUGAAGUCAUCCAAAAGCCUGGAGUAGUACAGAGAUUUGUGAAGUUUCUAGAGAGGAGUGAGAAUUACACACUGCAAUUUGAAGCAGCUUGGGCUCUAACAAACAUAGCAUCUGGAACCUUUCUACAUACAAAAGUUGUAAUUGAAACUGGAGCUGUUCCAAUUUUUAUAAAAUUGCUCAGUUCAGAACAUGAAGAUGUACAGGAACAGGCAGUGUGGGCUCUUGGUAACAUUGCCGGUGAUAACGCAGAAUGCAGAGACUUCGUCUUAAACUGUGGAAUAUUACCACCCCUCUUGGAACUGUUAACAAAUUCAAAUCGUCUUACCACAACUAGAAAUGCAGUCUGGGCACUCUCAAAUCUCUGUAGAGGCAAGAAUCCACCUCCAGACUUCAGUAAGGUUGCUCCUUGCUUAAAUGUUUUAUCAAGACUGUUGUUUAGCAGUGAUCCGGAUGUAUUAGCAGAUGCUUGCUGGGCCCUCUCUUACCUUUCAGAUGGACCCAAUGAUAAAAUCCAAGCUGUUAUUGAUUCUGGAGUGUGCCGAAGAUUGGUAGAGUUGCUUAUGCACAAUGAUUACAAGGUGGUAUCCCCUGCAUUAAGAGCAGUUGGAAAUAUUGUUACUGGUGAUGAUAUUCAAACGCAGGUGAUUCUAAAUUGCUCUGCAUUGCCCUGUCUCUUGCAUUUGCUUAGUAGUCCCAAGGAAUCUAUUCGAAAAGAAGCGUGCUGGACUGUUUCUAAUAUUACUGCAGGAAACAGAGCUCAAAUUCAGGCAGUUAUAGAUGCAAAUAUUUUUCCAAUAUUGAUUGAGAUUCUUCAGAAAGCUGAAUUUCGCACCAGAAAAGAGGCAGCAUGGGCCAUAACUAAUGCAACAUCAGGAGGAACCCCUGAACAGAUUAGGUAUUUGGUAGCACUAGGUUGUACCAAGCCUCUUUGUGACCUCCUGACUGUGAUGGAUUCAAAAAUAGUACAGGUGGCUUUGAAUGGACUUGAAAAUAUUCUGCGUCUUGGAGAACAAGAGUCUAAGCAAAAUGGAAUGGGCAUUAAUCCUUAUUGUGCCCUUAUAGAGGAAGCAUAUGGACUUGAUAAAAUUGAAUUUCUUCAGAGACAUGAAAACCAGGAGAUCUACCAAAAGGCUUUUGAACUCAUAGAGCAUUACUUUGGCGUUGAAGAAGAGGAUUCCAGUAUUGCACCUCAGGUGGAUGAAAGUCAGCAGCAGUUCGUUUUCCAACAGCAGGAGGCUCCAAUGGAGGGAUUUCAGUUGUGAACUAUUCAAGUGAAGACAAGUAUAAAAUGUAUACACUUGUAGAGUUUUUGUUUGUGUUCCUGAAGUCUUUUCUUUAUGGCCAAAGGUAGAGGGAAAUUUGAGUAUGUUUUGCAGAAAUAGAUGAAGAAGCAGCUCAUGCACUUUUGUAUUUUGUUAGAUACAACUGUUCUUUGUUCUGUACUUGUUUGUUGUUUUUUUUUUUUUUUUUGAUUCUCAUAUGUACAGAAAACAACUGUGAGUAAUCAUGUCUAAAGUAAAACAUUACAUGUGAUUUAACAGGAACUGCUAAGCUAAGACUUAAAAGGAUUUUAGGCAGUAGUUCUGAAUCUUGUAGUCUCAAACUCCGUAUCAGCAAUACAGUUACUGACAGUUGUAUUUUUGGCAGUAGGCUUGACUUGCCCAGUCUAUCAAAUCUACCUCUUGUAUUGAAGCAUUGAACAUUGCUUCAGAACUAAGGCAUGAAAUAAAGAUGAGCUUGUUAGAAGCUGAAUUGGAAUGUGAAAAAUAUUUAUUUAAAUUAUGAAACUUCCACACGUUACUUACUUUACCACACGCUGUUGGAAUUUAUUUAUAAAAUGUAUUUAAAGACAUAAAUACAUAUAUAUAAUGAUAAUUACACAAUAUGUAAUACUGAGUACCUGAAAAAGCUUUUACACAAUUAUGUGGGAAGAGACUGUUUCAGAAGUUUUCAAAUUGGAAUCAGCAGAGGGCUUGCUGGUCACUUGGUGCUUGCUCUGUAAUUAAAGCUGCUAAAUGGCAUUUAAAGUCAGCCACAAAUACAAUACUUUGCUGUGGAAGUGGUUGCUGUAGUUACCACAAGAAUGCUGCAAUCAUGGAUGACAGAGAUGGUCAUUUGUACAGUUGGAAAUACAAAGCAGAUGGUUUACAGCUGUCUCCUGCCAAAAUGUAGUAACAGCACUUCAGUUGGGGAAACAUUGCAGUGUUAGUCUUUCUAGUAACAGUAGCUUCUUAAAGGUUGAGAAAGUAGGUGUUACAUUUUUGAUUAAAUAUGCUACCACCACUUGAGUUGUUCUGGAAGUUAGCUAACUCAGUUCUCUUCUGGUAAGACAAUGAAAAUACUGCAAGGAGGAGUGAGUAGAGAAUCACUCCUUUCCAGCUAAUUGACAAUUUGUUAUACUGUAAAUACACAUUAAGUUUGUGGACACCAAAACUAACUAGAAGUUACUGUAUUCUAAAUAUUUAGGCUCUGCAGUGCACAGUGUUUGCUGUUUAAACACUAACAGAAACAGAAUUCUAAUAUUCACGUUAACAGUUUUGAGUACAGAAGAAUGUGUGCUGUGCUUGGACUUGCAUAUAUGCAGUGUUUCUGGAAUAUCAGUAGAUGUUUCAUUUGGAUAAACUAAUACUUUGGAUUAACUAAAGUAUGAUUUCUUUUUUUUAUCUGUAAUUAAUGUAUUAUCUUCAAACUCCUGGGUUAAGUGAGUUGGCAUAUGACAGCAUUUCAUACUUCAUAAAAAGCUGCAGUUUAAACAUGAAAUUACUUAUCCCAUGGCACUGUGCACAAUAUUUUAAUGCACUGAAAAAUAUGUAUUAAAGGUGAUAUCAUCUACAGUACCGUUUUAUAUCUAGAUUUUUUUUACGUGCAAGUUAGGAUUCUAAGAUGUUUCGCUUUGAUGUUGCAGCAAUAUAUAAUUGUAUUGUAAUUGAAUGUGGGACUUGAAGUGGAUUUUUUAAGAUUAAUGAUCAGUUUUGACUAAGAUGUAACUGGGAGGAAUGAAGUCUCUUUUUGAAGUCUUUGUACUGGAAUUUAGACGUGUAAGAGGUGUGUAUAUAGGAGUGCUGUUACUUUAUGAACUCUGAAUAAUGAGAUAUUUUAUCAAAUGACACUUUAAACCUAGAUUUGUACAGCAUACAAUGGUUUUGAAUAGCGUGAUAAUCUGAGUUACAGCUGCCAAAUUUUCAUAUAAUAUUAGAUGAUUGUAUUUGUGCCCUUUUUACUCUUACAGUUUUCAGUUUGCGUAUGCUGACCUUCCUUCUCACCAUCUGUUCAAAGUACAGGGUAGUGAUCAUGGAAAUGUACUACGAUUGUUAGUAAAUGCUGAAUUUCUAUGUUCUUCUAAUGUAGAAAUAAAGAAUUCAGGUAACAGGGUAUUCCAUUAUUUCUAACAAACUUGUUUUGGUAAUGUUAUGUAACCAGUUGUGCCUGCUUUUUAUUUGGAGGACCUUACAAACACUGCAUUUAUAAGCCUCUCUAACUUAAACCAAAAUCUGAACUAUAAAAAUCUCGAUUGGAAGGCUUGAAAAUGAAAUGAGGGGGUGUACAAAGUAUUAUAUUUGUUUUGAAAGAAUGUCUUCAGUUUUGUGGGUAUGUUGUCUGAACAGUUAGUGACUGCACUUUAUGCAUUUAGGUAAAUAUAUUUCAUGUCUGAUAUAUUUAAGUGUAAUAGCUUAAAAGGGAGAUAAAAGUGAUGGGCUUUAGCUAAUGAAACAGUUAUUUGAACUCAACACUUGGUUUACUCUGACGUUGUUCAAAAAAAUAUGUCUUUGUAAGCAUAAAAAAUGGUCCUUCCUGUUUUAUCAUUGGAUUUCUUGCACAUUUGGUUAAAAGCACAUUAAUGAACAGUAUAAAAAGAUGAUGUCUUACAGUCAGCUCUGGUGUAGUCACCUGUCAGUAGAGAUGUGAGCAUAACAAUGUUGCCUAAACAGAUGAAACCACUGAAGGAAAAAAAAAAAAAACCAACUGAAAAAAGCAUUUUGGUGUUUGUAUGAUAUACUGAUGUGCCCCGUCAGUUGUGAAGUCUGUUUCAGAAUACAGUUUUGGAGAGUUUGGGUAUUGGGCACCUUUUGUUUUGCUUAAAUGUGAAUACCAGCUAGCUAAUCUAUGCAACUAUGCAAAGCAUGGAAUUUAUUUUUCAGUUCCCUACUCUUGACACACUGAAUCAUAUCUAAGUUUUUCAUCGUUGCACUUUUGUCUGAGGACUGGUUCAUACAGCUUUUUAAUUUUCCAGUAUUUGCUUUAAAAACUGUUGCUAGCAGCAAUCAAAAGAUAGUAAUAAUGUUGGCCCAGAAAUAAGUUGUAGGAGAAGUUGGCAACUGGAAAGUUUCUGUUGUCAGGUCUGUCUUAAAAAUAAGUAAAAUAAAAAGAUGCACUAUUGUCUUUCUUUCGUGGCUAGUUCUCAGUUGGUUUAAAUUUAAUAAAUUGUCCAACUGAGGAUUUUUGUCAUUGGUCUGCCAGCUGAUGAAAUUUCAACAGUGACCUCAAGAAUUCACUGAAAUCUGGAAUGAGAAAUUUCAGUUACCGCACAAGAUCUUCAUAUAACGUGUGCAGACUUAACGUACCUGUAUUAUCUUCAGAUAGCAAUAGUGCAUCUUUGAAUCCAGGCCAAAGGCCAGUUACUGUAACAAAACACGUAUGAGUAGUAUGCAAUUUUAGGGAAUGUUAAAUCUCCAAAUACCAUACAGAAACCAAUAAAAACCUAUUUUGCAGAA